CGGUUCGGAACGCGCGCGCGAAGAGAACGGACGGCCAACUCCCCGGAAAGAAAGAAAAUUAGAGAAAGGAGGCGCCCCCCCAAAAAAGAAAACGAGUGUAGUUUAGUAGUGUAAUAGUCCUAAGUUUAGUUCUCCCCUUGCCCCCUGCAAUUUUUUCGAAACACAAAAAGCCCCGUUUUUCCUGCAUUUUCCCGUUGGUUUUCCUGUGUGCAGAGUGAAGAAAUCCCAGUAUCGGAACUAUGUUUAUGGGCAGAGCGCAACGAGGCCGCAGGAUGAGAGAAUAGCGCCAUGUUGUCCCAUCCAGCCCCAGCAUAGUGAGUAGUCCAAUCCCUAGGAUGUUUUGGGUUUGUCCCUAACAUCUGGAUAAACAUUUUCAAGUGGGAGUCCGCGGGCUUGAGACCUGAUCCCCAGAGGGUGCCGAAAAGUGGAUCGGAGGAAGUGACAGGAGAGUGUGGCGCCUUGGACGAGGGGCACACAGAACUGCAAAAAUCGUGGGCAAGGACAGCAAAAAGCAUUCAGUUCGUUUGCCCACCAGCAAACUUAAUUCCUUAUGAUUGACUUUUGAUUUCCUAAUUGAGACAAUGACUUAUAUACCUAAAAAUAUGCAACACUAUGCGCAUGCAGCCAUGAACCUGAUCAAUAUGGACUCGGAGAACCGGGUGGUGCUCAAUGUGGGUGGCAUUAGGCACGAGACCUACAAGGCCACGCUGAAAAAGAUCCCGGCCACGCGAUUAUCGCGAUUGACCGAAGCCCUGGCCAAUUACGAUCCGAUAUUGAAUGAGUACUUCUUUGAUCGGCAUCCGGGCGUCUUCGCACAAGUGCUCAACUAUUACAGAACCGGUAAGCUGCAUUAUCCCACAGAUGUUUGCGGACCGCUGUUUGAAGAGGAAUUGGAGUUUUGGGGCCUAGACUCGAACCAAGUGGAGCCCUGCUGUUGGAUGACCUAUACACAGCAUCGCGACACUCAGGAAACCCUCGCCGUAUUGGAUCGUCUCGAUCUGGAUACGGAAAAACCGUCCGACGAGGAAUUGGCACGCAAAUUUGGGUUCGAGGAGGACUACUACAAAGGCACUAUAUCCUGGUGGCAGGAGAUGAAGCCGCGCAUUUGGUCCUUGUUCGACGAGCCCUACAGUUCCAAUGCCGCCAAGACCAUUGGCGUGGUUUCGGUGUUCUUCAUCUGCAUUUCGAUCCUGUCGUUCUGCCUGAAGACCCAUCCCGAUAUGCGGGUGCCCUAUGUCCGGAAUAUUACAGUGAAAACUGCGAAUGGAAGUAACGGCUGGUUUUUGGACAAAACCCAGACCAAUGCGCACAUAGCCUUCUUCUAUAUCGAAUGCGUAUGCAAUGCGUGGUUUACCUUUGAAAUAUUGGUGCGCUUUAUCUCAUCGCCGAACAAGUGCGAAUUCAUCAAGUCAUCUGUUAACAUCAUAGAUUACAUAGCGACGCUUAGUUUUUAUAUCGAUCUAGUGCUUCAGCGAUUCGCAUCGCAUCUGGAGAACGCUGACAUCCUCGAGUUCUUCUCGAUCAUCCGCAUCAUGCGUCUGUUCAAGCUGACGCGCCACUCGUCCGGCCUGAAGAUCCUGAUCCAGACGUUCCGGGCCUCGGCCAAGGAGCUGACCCUGCUGGUGUUCUUCCUCGUCCUGGGCAUCGUGAUCUUCGCCAGCCUCGUCUACUACGCGGAGCGCAUCCAGCCGAAUCCGCACAACGACUUCAACAGCAUCCCGCUGGGCCUCUGGUGGGCCCUGGUCACCAUGACCACCGUGGGCUACGGGGACAUGGCCCCCAAGACCUACAUCGGCAUGUUCGUGGGCGCAUUGUGCGCCCUCGCCGGCGUACUAACCAUCGCACUGCCAGUGCCCGUCAUCGUCAGCAACUUCGCCAUGUACUACUCGCACACGCAGGCCAGGGCCAAACUGCCAAAGAAGCGGAGACGAGUGCUUCCCGUCGAGCAGCCGCGACAGCCCCGACUGCCAGGUGCCCCUGGCGGUGUCAGUGGCUGUGGCACCCCGGGCUCGGGUCCCCAUUCCGGUCCCAUGGGAUCCGGGGGCACGGGGCCUCGUCGCAUGAACAAUAAAACGAAGGACCUGGUCAGCCCCAAGUCAGUUGCUCAACUUUUCGCAGGUCCACUGGGCGCUAGUAUCGUGGCGAUGAGUCCCAGGACAAUGUUGGACCUAAAUCCUGCCCUGGCGAUGGGCAAGCCCUCGUUCCAGCCCCGAGUACCCACCCCCCUGGCAGCCACGCCCCCUGCAUCGGGAACUAGCACCACCACUGCUGCACCACCACCUCCACCAGCAGCACCACCCAGCAUGGUGGUGCCCAGCAUUGCCGUGUCCACCACUGCGAGUGUGGGCAAGGACUCGGGCAUCUCCACCACCACAACCACGACCACACAGGAGACCAGCAAGAAGGCCUUCCUCUAAGUCACCAAGGCAGCCAAGGGACCCAAGCCACCUGAUAUCUAUACACUCUCCCAUAUCCCCCAAAUAAGCAAUAUCUAUUCGAUAUCACAGCCUUCGCAUACGUAUUCGCAAGAGGACGAAGAAGGAGUGUCUCAGAGAUGGCCUCACUUAUCAUUGAUCAUCGAUGGUCCUUAUUUCAGUCAUAUCACUCACUGUGUUUCAAAGAGUCUAAUACACCAAAUAUCGAAAUGAAUAUCAUAUAUUCACAUUAGAGUCGGAAUACAUUGGAGAACAGCCUCAAAAUCAAAUCAAUUGUGAUUCUAUUUAUUAUUAGAAGUAUUCUUUGAGUGUCGGAAGAGGUUUAGUUAAAUAACCAACUAUAUGGUUUACGCUUUUUUACUCUUUUCAUAAAUUAGUUCAUUAUUUUUAAACACAUCAGAUAUAAAAAGCAAUAAUCCUUAUGGAAAACUAUUCAAAUAAAAUUUACAAAUAAAUUUUGCUUUAAUUCCGGAAUUGAACUGUAUUAAAUAUUGUGUUGUGGUUAACAUUUAAAAAACAUAUAUUUUAUAAGAACGAUCUAGCCAUCUCUGAUCGAAGGCAAUAAAUAGACUCGCAAGUUUCGUUCACCAUAUCACGACAUACCUAUCAAUAUCGAACCUAAACAUAACCUUAGCUAAAUAUAGAUAAUCCAAUUGCUUGACGACAACAUUUGACCAUCGAGAGAUAACCAAGACAGAGCGAAGGCAACGUUUUUAACCAUACAUAGUGUUUUUACCGAAUGCAAGCUUACUAACGAUCCAUUUUUUACAUAAGCCAUAGAUAUUAAAUCGACGAGGAGUGUAUAUAAACCUAGAUGCUUUACAACUAGGUUUGCCAGUUCCUUAUGCGUUGUGUAAAGACUCGACUUCGGUUUGAAAGCUUUAAUUUGAUAUAUUUACAAAGGAAGACUCCAACUCAAACUCGGUGUUAGCGAAGCUUAAUUAAACAGGAACCAAUCAAAAAGUACAUAUACUGUUUAAAAAACCAUUCAAGCCAGGCACGUGUUGACUUUAACUUUUCCCCGAACUUAAAAUGCGAAAGGUGCUGAUUUUCCUCAACGAAAGACGCAAAAGUUUUUAGGAAAAACAAACGAAAUUUUCCAUCUCUUGGCACUUUUCUCUCAUCACUCAGUUGCAUGCUGGGAUUACUCGGUAAGCUGAGAAAUAAUCGUUUCUUAUAUUUUCCCAACCUGAACAGUUGGCUUACAUAUCAACAAACAGAGAGACCUUAACGAAAAUUUCAAAUUUCUACCACUUAAAAUGCAAACUAGUUCUAAUAAAUUUUAUUCGGAACCCUUCUCCCCUUCCACGAAUAAUUUUAAAACAAACAAAGAAUCUAGAAGCGGUUGGGAAUUCCUUACAGUUCCGUUCAGUUAACUUGAAUUUGUUGAAAAAGUUUACAAACUGCUUAGGGGUUAGGUGGGUGGAUUUAGCCCAAAAAAAGUAUUUUGGAGUUCGCGUGGUUCAAAAACAAACAGGUUUGCAAAUUGUUUUCCCCGACUUUCCUUUGAUUUUACUUUCGCAAGUCAUUAGCUAAUUCUCUUGUACAUUUUGAAUAUAUAUCUCUCAGCAAGCAUUUUGUCUACAUAUUUGUAAGAAUAAACAUAAUAAUUACUAAGAACAAACAAAGGAACAAAAGCAAGCAAAAUAAUAGGAUGCAAAACUUAAGCAACAUUGAGAUCGAAGAUGGGCAACAAAUAAACGAAGUUUGCAAAACAUUUGUUAAGUUUUUACAAUGAACAAAGCAUUAAUAAUAACUAAAUUAAUACUAAAUAUUGCAAGCUAUAGAAAAUGGAUAUAAACAAUUGUUUAUAUCGUUGUGUUGUUCUCGCUAUGAUUUCGAAACUGUUUUUUAAUUGUAUAGUUAAGCAAAUUGUAUACUAUUUGAACUAAACAAAACAAAUUGUUCUCUCAAUAAUUCAUGAACAAACCAAAUUAAACUAAUUAUAUAUAAAUUUAUAUAUAUAUAAUUGAACAAAUAUAUAUAAAAAAUGAUAAACAAAUGCA